GAGAGAUUUAAAAUGAUAUAUGAAUUUUUGAUAUUCACUAAUGGUAGAUGAACAACAUGAUGGUGGUGGUCGAAUAUUCAAUUUUAAUAUGUUUAGAUGAAUGGAAGGGUAACAUUGGAAUACCUAGUCUCAUGUACGAGGCUACAAGAGUUCAAUCCCAUACGCAAACCCCGCACCACUAUUUUAAUAUUAGCAAAAUGGGUACCAAAUGUUAAGUUAUUUGUAUCGUCUCCCCAAACGACCCCACUCUGCAAAUUCUCUCUCUAAAUCCACCCACAUAAACACAGCCUCGCAAACUUCGUCACGCUCCUAUUAAUAAUCUCCACCAUGCGAAUCUCCGGAAAAUCGAACAGCCCAGCCACCGCCUACCCCCGCCGCCGAUGGCCGUAACCCCCACCCCCCGCCUCCGUUCCUCCCCCAGAAACAAACACGCGCCGCCACCGCAAGCCAACGGCCGUUUCCCCAGCGGCGCCGAGGAUCAAUCGAUGAGGAAGAGGCCGUCGGCGGCUCCGUUCACCGCCGGAAACCCGCAUUUCCUGGGAUGGACGGCGGGGGACGCGCUCGGCCUGCCGCGCCGCCACCCCGUGCCCUGCGCCUUCGCCGCCUGCGUCCUGUUCUUCAUGGCGGUCGAGUACACGCUCGCCAUGGUCCCGCCGGUGGCCCCGCCGUUCGAUCUGGGAUUCGCCGCCACCGCUGCUCUUCACCGGAUGCUCGCCGCCAGACCAGCGGUUAACACGCUCCUCGCCGGCCUCAACACGGUUUUUGUGGCGAUGCAAACGGCGUAUAUCCUGUGGACAUGGAUAGUUGAAGGGCGGCCAAGAGCAACAAUCUCGGCAUUAUUCAUGUUCACGUGCAGGGGAAUUCUUGGAUAUGCUACACAGCUGCCAUUACCUGAGGAAUUCUUGGGCUCGGGUGCAGAUUUUCCGGUCGGCAAUGUCUCGUUUUUUCUGUUCUACUCGGGUCAUGUGGCUGCCUCAGUUAUUGCAUCGUUAGACAUGAAACGCAUGCAAAGAUGGGAGUUGGCUUUCGCGUUCGACUUCUUGAAUGUGUUGCAAGUUGUGAGGUUAUUAACCACAAGAGGUCACUACACAAUUGACCUGGCAGUUGGUGUUGGGGCUGGUAUGCUGUUCGAUUCCCUUGCAGGAAAGUAUGUGGACAGCAAGAAAAUCGAAGGCUCGUCGUCUAAUACUGUGCCAUAAAUCGGACCUAUCUUUAAUUCUCCAAAAUGAAAGAAAAAAAGAAAAAAAAAAUGGUUAGAGAUUCGUUUUGGCUGAAAACUUGAUUGGUGAAAGGGGAAUUUCGAAGUAAAAAGGUGUGUCGAGUAAGAUAGGCGAAAGGUUCGAAUGAUUGAUCUUCGCUUUAGUGUUGUACCAAACAGGUAAUCUUGUUUUAGUUCCUUGUGUUCAUGUUGUUAAGCUAUGUCAAGACAUCAAUGCAUGUUUGGAUGAGUUAGAUGAAAAUGAAAUCCAGGUUUGAAAAUUUGUUGUGUUGAGCAUUUUGCAAAUACUUGUGGGCUUUUUAGCUUCAUUUCUUUCAAACAGGUUGUUGUACCUGCCCCUUAAUGGAUUGUACAAUAUCAUAACUGAUAGUCACAUGUUAGGAACCCCAUUUACCUUCCACAAGGUUGGUACUCUGUUCUGUUGUCUGGCUAUAAAAAUUAAAUUAAUUGAUUAAUCAAUCCACAAGUAUAACCUACUUUUCCUUCCAGCACUAAUUACAAGUCAGAAGCAGAAGAAAAUAAAUGAGCAUUGUGUUUGUGCAAUUACUAAUUCAAUUGAACAACCAUAGUAAAACAUAGUUUUAUG